AUGGGGGGGGGCAGCACCCCACUGCUUGCUCUGUGGUACCCAGGCUAUGACUACCUGAGCGAGGAGGAGGAGCGGGGCAGCAUGGGGAGCAGCACCAGCGAGGACAGCUCCCCCGAGCACCCCUACCUGCCGCUGGUCACCGACGAGGACAGCUGGUACAACAAGUGGCGCAAGAUGGAGCAGAAGUUCCGCAUCGUUUACGCCCAAAAGGGGUACCUGGAGGAGCUGGUGCGGCUGCGGGAGUCGCAGCUGAAGGACCUGGAGGCGGAGAACAAGCGGCUGAAGCUGCGGCUGGAGGAGGCGGUGGUGCAGAACCAGCUGGAGAAGAGGGAGCUGGAGGGCGUCAUCCUGGAGCUGCAGGAGCAGCUGACGGGGCUGAUCCCCUGCGAGAACCCGCAGCUGGCGCAGCUGUCCAAGGAGAUGGUGACGCCCCUGGUGAACCAGUGGCCCUCGCUGGGGACGCUCAACGGCAACGAGAGCGGCUCGGACAGCAAGCUGUACAGGAGGCACAGCUUCGUGAGCACCGACCAGCUCUCGGCCGAGAACAGCCUCAGCUCCGACUCCCAGCGCCUGGGCGAGGGCAAGCGCGAAGGCGAGCCCUGGGGGCCCUUGGGUAAGACCCCCCCAUGGG